AUGGAUCGUUUAUUACGUUUGGGCGGCGCUAUGCCUCAAGCUCCACCACCAACUGAUGCUCCUGUAGUGGAUACUGCUGAACAAGUUUACAUUUCCUCUUUGGCUCUAUUGAAAAUGUUGAAACAUGGUCGUGCUGGUGUACCCAUGGAAGUUAUGGGCCUUAUGUUGGGUGAAUUUGUCGAUGAUUAUACCGUGCAAGUCAUUGAUGUCUUUGCUAUGCCUCAGACGGGUACCGGUGUUUCGGUAGAAGCUGUAGAUCCUGUAUUUCAAGCCAAAAUGUUGGAUAUGUUAAAACAGACUGGCCGUCCCGAAAUGGUGGUAGGUUGGUAUCACUCUCAUCCUGGUUUUGGUUGUUGGUUAUCCGGUGUCGAUAUAAAUACUCAACAGUCAUUCGAGGCUUUAUCCGAGAGAGCCGUUGCCGUAGUAGUAGAUCCCAUACAAUCGGUUAAGGGUAAAGUUGUUAUAGAUGCCUUCCGUUUAAUCAAUCCCAAUAUGUUGGUAUUGGGUCAAGAGCCUCGACAAACCACCUCCAAUUUGGGCCAUUUACAAAAACCUUCAGUGCAGGCUUUGAUACAUGGUCUAAAUCGCCAUUACUACUCGAUAAGUAUCAAUUAUCGUAAAAAUGAAUUGGAACAGAAAAUGUUAUUGAAUCUACACAAAAAAUCCUGGAAGGAUGGUCUUACUCUGGAGGAUUACAAUGAACACUGUUCGAUAAAUGAGAAUACAGUACAAGAAAUGUUGGAAUUGGCUAAGAAUUAUAAUAAGGCCUUGGAGGAUGAAGAGAAAAUGACUCCCGAACAGUUGGCCAUUAAAAAUGUGGGCAAACAGGAUCCUAAACGUCAUUUAGAGGAGAAAGUUGAUAAGGUUAUGCAAAAUAACAUUGUUCAAUGUUUGGGUGCUAUGCUUGAUACUAUUGUUUUCAAAUAAUUUAUGCAUUUAUUUUUUGCAAAACAAAAUUUUCUUAAGGCCUUGAAGGCUUAUUUUCUUAUUUUCUAAUCUUUUGUAAUAACGAACAGCAAACAAAAAUAUGAAACACACAAAAGAAUUAAGCAUAUUUUAAACUUUAAUUUAAAUAAAAACAAAGAAAUUAUUUUAUAAA